AUGUACUUUCGCAACUCUUGCAUAUGUGCACCCGUGCCUCCCCACACUACACCCACAGCCACCCGUGCCUCCCCAACAUCAUCACCAACCACCACCACCUUCUUUCCCAUGUUCCGGACUUUGCGCCGCCCCGUGUUUGUAAGAUUCACCUCUUCCAGCACGUUUGCAUACGUGACCAGCGCCGCCGACUUGGCCCGCGGCAUCAAGGACCACAUUUUGCUGGGCCCAAAUGUAAGCGCCGACACCGUUCUAGCCGCUUUGAAAGCGUGCCGCCAGCUCCAGGCAGAAGGCCGCGAGCCCCUGAAAACAGUCCAGCGGCACGUGGAGUCCAUCUUGGCCUGCGAGCACGUGCCCUUUGACGCUCUGCUCUUGAAGCGGGCGCUUCUACUUCGGUUCUCUCCUUCGACCGCCGUGCGUGUUCUCCAGUUGUACCAGCGCCGCAACCCAAAGGCGGCUGUGGAGUUGGAAACGGCGCUUAUCCCGUUCCGCGGCGCGCUUUUUGACGCCGACCUUCAAAACGCUCUCCGCAUCACAGACUUGACCACAGGCCACCCCAACUACAUAGCCCGCAAGCAGCAGACGUUGCGGCGCGGCGUCUACCAGUUUGCAGCCACGGCCAUCGGAAUCACGUUGUUCUCGAAAGUCGGCGUGCAGCAGGUCAUCGACAUGGGCUGGCUUCUGCCCGUGUGGAAACACUUGAGUGCCGUCAACGCCAUGUUGCUCACGUACUUGGCCAACUCGAGUUUUUUCGUCACCAUCGUUCGCUUUGGCCGCCAGCUCAGUACCGCAGGCGGCGAUUUCUUGACCUGGCAAAAGGGUACGUUCUACACCCAUUGGUACAGACACGCGGAUGAAAUGUCCAUGUGUGCCCGUAUAAUGGAGACGGAUCUCCGGUUGAACGGCGGUCUUGAAAACUCGCCAGACUUGGUUGCAGAGCUCUGUAGGAAAGACGACAAUGUGUCUGCGCAUCACACGUUGCGCCCAGGCUUGACGCGGGAUGGCCAUAAGGUCCGGUUGUUGGAGCCCCGGGACAAUUUGGAACAGCUCAAAAUGCAGGCGUAUUGGAUGAGUGGCGGCGAUGGCUUUGAGUGGGUCGAGCCAGACCAGGAUCCAGCUGAAAUUGUUUGGCGCAACCACUUGGCCAGUCUCCAGAAACCGGUGCUCCAAGCACUGGACACCCGCAGUUUGAAGUGGGCCGAGGACUUGAUUACGUCCCGCGACACAAAGGACAUCUAG